AUGUCUAGUAACUUUAAAUUGGUGUUGGUUGGACCAGGUGGAGUUGGAAAGAGUUGUUUGACAAUUCAAUAUAUUGCUCAGAGAUUCGUUGAUGAGUACGACCCAACAUUAGAGGACAGUUAUAGGAAACAGGCUACAGUCGAUGGAGAUGAAUGUAUACUAGACAUAUAUGACACAGCUGGACAAGAAGACUUUAGUGCCGUUAGAGAUCAAUAUAUGCGUGCUGGCGAGGGAUUCCUUGGAGUAUACUCAAUCACAUAUCUACAAAGUUUUAAGGAGAUACCAAGAUUACAUCAACAUUUGUUAAAGGUUAAGGACUUGGACUAUGUACCGUUUAUAUUGCUCGGCAACAAGUGCGAUUUGAAGGACUUCCGCGAGGUGUCCACGGCCGACGGCGAGGAGUUGUCCAAGAAGCUGAACUGCAAGUUCUUGGAGACGAGUGCAAAGGAGCGAAUCAAUGUCGAUGAGGCAUUCCACGAGUUGGUCAAAGAGGUGAAGCGUGCGCGUGAGAAGCAACCGCAUGGCCACUCGGCAGAGUCCACAGACACUCCACACAAGAAGAAGAAGAGCAGCUCAAUACUGAAGUGUGUACUACUAUAUUACAACAACUCACCAGCGGCGAUGACAGCGCACGCUACAUGA